GGCGGCGUCCGAAGCCCAGGGCGAUGCAUGGGUUGUGAUGAAGCUUGGGGGGGAAAUGGGGGCGCCGGGCACCUCAGCUGCUAGAGCCAUGUCCGCUCAACACGCCGAAGGCAGAGCCACUAAUCUGCUUCUGGCCCGAAUGGGGGUUUGGUCGAGGCGCCUGCGCCGAUAUUCAACGAUGGUCAUCUCGUCCUUCUUCGCCGAGGGAGCUGAACAAAACGAUCUCGGACUUUUUGUCACUUGCAUCACUGUCAGAUUGAUCGCUACUCUUGUGUCUUCUUAAUCUCCGCUCCUGCUUUUUUGUCUCCUAUACUCGGUACAAGGCCAUACAUACCACGGUAGCCAUUUGUGUCUGUAUCUUGCAGCAUUCACACUUGCCCAACCCCCUGUUGCCCAACAGUGCCUCUCUCCUCGCUCCUACUCUCUAAUCCUCAAGGCGACGAAGCCGACCUCCUCCCUUGGUCAGGGUAGACAAUAUCGCAGAUCUGCCAAUAAUGUCCGCUCAAGCAGUCCUGGCACCUGCGCCUCCGGCCCAAACGAUUGAGAAGAAGCCCGUCAAGUUCAGCAACCUGCUCCUCGGCGCUGGUCUCAACAUGUUCGAGGUCACUACUCUAGGACAACCGCUGGAAGUUGUCAAGACCACCAUGGCCGCCCAUCGAACUGACACCUUCGCCGGGGCCAUGUCGAGGAUAUGGGGACGCGGUGGUGUUUUUGGAUUCUACCAGGGCCUGAUUCCGUGGGCCUGGAUCGAAGCCUCUACCAAGGGUGCUGUCUUGCUCUUCGUCGCCUCAGAAGCCGAGUACUAUGCAAAGACCUUUGGUGCCAACAGCUUCGUGGCCGGUAUCACAGGUGGCAUGGUGGGCGGUAUGGCCCAAGCCUACGCAACCAUGGGUUUCUGCACGUGCAUGAAAACCGUGGAAAUCACCCAGCAUAAACUUGCCGCGCAGGGUGUGAAACCCCCCUCUACGUUCACAACUUUCGCAAACAUCUACAAGAAAGAGGGCAUCAGGGGUAUCAACAAGGGCGUUAACGCAGUUGCCAUCCGUCAAGUCACCAACUGGGGCUCCCGUUUCGGGCUUUCCAGACUCGCAGAGACCGGUAUCCGGAGAGUCACUGGCAAAGAAAACGGCGAGAAGUUGAACGCGGGAGAGAAGAUUCUUGCUAGCGGUCUCGGUGGUGGUUUGUCUGCCUGGAACCAGCCCAUUGAAGUCAUCCGUGUCGAGAUGCAAAGCAAGUCCAACGACCCGAACCGCCCCAAGAACUUGACCGUCGGGAAGACCUUGAACUACAUCUACAGCACCAACGGCCUCAAGGGCCUGUACCGUGGUGUCACUCCCCGUAUCGGGCUGGGUAUCUGGCAGACAAUCUGCAUGGUUGCCCUGGGCGAUAUUGCCAAAGAAGCCGUCGAGAAACUCACCGGCGAGGCGGUCACCGCGAAGCACUAAACGACAUACUCAGAUUCUGGAUUUCGGGAUCCACUUGAAGCUGCUUGGGUGGAUCCCUCGAGUCGGCUGGGGAUGAACCUGGGCUGGUAAUGUCUCUGUGGUUCAUCCUUCCCAUGGGCCUUUUGCAUGCAUCCACUUACAUGUUGCACGCGGAAGGUGGAAGGCAGAAGAUGAUUGAUAGAAGUUUCGGACUAUGGCGUGCACUGGCGUUUCUCUUCUGCCCUGAACGACAUAAAAAUCUUAGCCGGUUUUGGUUUGCUUGUUCCUCUUGUUGUUUGGUAUGCUUUUGAUUGCCUUGCACAUGCCACGGCAUCAGCUUGCCUGUGAGACGUGACUCAAAGGAUGGGAAUAGAAGGUGGUCAUCAUGAGGUUCUUGGGCAGCUGAGAUCGAGCUUUCCUGUGGGCUCGAGUGUCGCUUAUUCUAUACUUUUUGACUACCACAGAAGAAGCUUGUUGCAGGGAGCAUCUUGCACAGGACACGACGAAUACAAAACCCAUUCGCUUUGGA